CCCGAUGGCAUGGACACUUACGCAAGGUCUGCCGCGCCGCCGUGCUACUGGAGCCUAUUUGCUGUCUCUUCCUUCCACCCAGCUCCACCGCCAUCGCCCCGCAGCCCAAAGAGCCCUGCCGCAACGCGAUCAGCCACCACCGAGCCAAAGCAGGCGGCAUGAGGCUUGAUUCAGUACAUUUAUCCAUGCUGGUCAUCGGGGUCUCCUUCGCCUGCUACUCCCCGAGUUUGAAUUCCCUGCAGGACCAGGCUUACAAAUCCGCUGUGGUGAUCGAGGGCAAGGUGCAGUCCGCGCCUCUGAACGUCUCAGCGGAGCCGUACGGUGUGAGUGUCAAAGUGCUGGACGUGUGGCCGCGGAACAGCGGGGGUCUAGGACGGGAGCAGCUCGUCACGGUGGGGGAAUUCGGAUCGGAGGCUCCGUGCACCACAGUGAUAAAGAAUCACAAGUACAUUUUUUUCAUGGACCCAACCGAGGAUCCCUUGGUUUUCAAGGCAUCGUAUGCUCCCCUAGAUACUAGUGGGAAGAACCUCAAAAAAGAUGUUGGGAAGAUAUUGUGUGAAAACUGCGCUAUUGCCCCAAAGUUAAAGCGAAUGAGGAACCCACUGAUGGUGGACGAGGGAAGCAGGCUCACGGUCAAAUGUGAGGCUACAGGGAACCCCAGCCCUACCUACAAAUGGUUCAAAGAUGGCAGUGAGCUCAAGAAAAGCAGAGAGGUCAAAAUAAAGUCCAGCCAGAAGAACUCCAGGGUCCAGAUCAGCAGAGCCAAGCUGGAGGAUUCUGGGAAUUACACGUGUGUGGCAGAGAACCUUCUGGGGAACUCGAACUCCACCAGCACUGUUCAUGUCCAAAGCAUAACCACCACACUAUCGCCAGGCUCGGGCCACGCCAGAAGAUGCAACGACACCGAGAAGGAUUACUGCGUGAACGGCGGCGACUGCUACUUUAUACAUGGUAUCAAUCAGCUCUCCUGCAAGUGUCCGAAUGACUUUACUGGCGACCGCUGUCAAAACUACGUUAUGGCCAGUUUCUACCAGCAUCUUGGGAUUGAAUUUAUGGAGGCGGAGGAGCUCUAUCAGAAAAGAGUCCUGACAAUCACGGGUAUCUGCGUGGCUCUGUUGGUGGUGGGAAUCGUGUGUGUAGUGGCCUACUGCAAAACCAAGAAACAGAGGAAGAAGAUGCACAAUCACCUGCGGCAGAACAUGUGUGCAGAUCACCCCAACCGGAACCUAGCGAAUGGACCCAAUCACCCAGGACCUGGCCCUGAGGAGAUACCCAUGGUAGAUUACAUCUCAAAGAAUGUUCCUGCAACGGAGCGUGUCAUACGGCACGGAACAGUGGCUUCUUUCCCCGGCAGCCACGCGUCUUCCAGAUCUCACAACUCCUAUACCCACGCACGCUCAUCCACGCACAGACACGAGGAGCGGACGUGGAGCCUGGAGCGGACUGACAGUGUCCUCUCAGACUCGCCGGGCAUGAUGUCGUCCUCCGUGGGGACCAGUAAAUGCAACAGUCCUGCGUGCAUGGAGGCCCGGGCCAGGCGUGCCGCACACUGUGGCUUUACUGUGCCCCACCGGCCGGGAUUGCAGUACGGAGACUCGUUCGACUCGCUGGGGGACUCUCCACACAGCGACAGGUAUGUGUCGGCCCUGACGACGCCGGCACGCCUCUCUCCAGUGGACUUCCAUUACUCACUGCCCCCGCAGGUGCCUAUCUUCCAGAUCACCUCCCCCAACACCAGCCAGGCCAUGUCCCUGCCGCCAGCCGCCCACACCCGCUACCCUCUGGAAGAUGACCAGCCUCUGCUGCGGCGCUACCAGGUGCCCCUGCACGACGUCCAGCGCCAGGAGCCCUACCGGCAGCAGCGCCGCACCUACCUGAACGACAGCACGGGCAGCCUGCCCUCCAGCCCCUACCGGCUGGCUGAGGAAGAAGACUACGAGACCACGCAGGAGUACCUGUCCUCCCGAGAGCAACCAAAGAGAAGUGGGCCUGGUGGUGGAGGGGGUCGGCGCUUGCGGAGGUCCAGGCUGAACGGCCACGUAGCGCCGCGAGGAUACGAGGCAUCACGGGACUAUGGCUCUCGCAGCUGCCUGACGGACAGCGAGUCGGAGGAGGAAGAAGGCGAGAGCACGCCCUUCCUCAGUAUGCAGAAUAUGAACGCGGAGCCCUCCACCAUCUACAGGCCAGCCGACAGUCGGACUUCUCAGUCGCACUCUACGGGGCGGCACGGUGCACGCGGGAACGUACAGACCAGACAGACGCACUCGCGGUCCAAACCGGACAAUGCACCCCACUAAAGAACGAAGUCGACCUACCAACAAAAAAUCUAUAUACUAUAAACCUGCACCUAUAAGAAAUAUUUUUAUUUUAUAUAACUGACAGAUAUUCUAAACAAAUGAAAUAUUUAUUUUCAUUUUAGCAAAAGUUGUCUACUAGUUAACAGCAAAGACUUUUUUUAUAGGGAAAACUCUAUUUAUAUGUACAUUUUGAUUUACAGCAUAAAAACACGUGCCAAUUUUUUCACUACUUAAAAAAUAGAGUAAUAUUGUGGUGCCUUUUGCUGUGUGCCGAUGCCAGAGGGCCAGUGGAGAUUUUUGCUGUGUGCCGAUGCCAGAGGGCCAGUGGAGAUUUUUGCUGUGUGCCGAUGCCAGAGGGCCAGUGGAGAUUUUUGCUGUGUGCCGAUGCCAGAGGGCCAGUGGAGGUUUUUGCUGUAUGCUGGAUGCCAGAGGGCCAGUGGAGAAUUGUUGCUGUGUGCCGAUGCCAGAGGGCCAGUGGAGAAUUGUUGCUGUGUGCCGAUGCCAGAGGGCCAGUGGAGAAUUGUUGCUGUAUGCCGAUGCCAGAGGGCCAGUGGAGAAUUGUUGCUGUGUGCCGAUGCCAGAGGGCCAGUGGAGAAUUGUUGCUGUGUGCCGAUGCCAGAGGGCCAGUGGAGAAUUGUUGCUGUGUGCCGAUGCCAGAGGGCCAGUGGAGGUUUUUGUAGCCUUUUCUUAUAUGGACAUUUUUUUUAUACACGUUUCCUCUUUUGGCUUUUUCUUUUCUUUCUGGGAGUCUAGCCCCAUUUGAACAUUACUCCUCCCCUUCCACAUCAUGCAAUAUAAACCACUUAAUCAUAAGGUGUAUGUUUACAUUAAUAUCAUUUGCCUAUAGGGUUUAUCAUUUUUGGCAUCCAAUAGAACAUCUGAUAAAUGCAACACAGGUCCUUUUUGCUCUCUGAGUGAAGGAGUGUGUGUGUGUGGGUGUUGUACCAACUCAUUGCUCUAUUGGGCACCAAAGCAAGCGGAAUCAGUAGAGGAAAGCUGCUGAUGCACAGUGAGGCCCAACCUGGGUUCCAGGAUUGUGCUGCUGUUGGGUAGAGAGUUCUGUUGGGUAGAGAGUUCUGCAUGUUGUUGCUUGAUGUGUGUUUACAGCUGCCUCACCUAACCUCAACCACCCCACCCCGGCCAUCCUUGUCCCAACAGGGUAAGGUUUUACUUCAUGGCCCCCCUUGUCCCAACAGGGUAAGGUUUUACUUCAUGGCCCCCACUUUGUCCCAACAGGGUAAGGCUUGUCUAAUGGCCCCCACUUUGUCCCAACAGGGUAAGGCUUGCCUAAUGGCCCCCACUUUGUCCCAACAGGGUAAGGCUUGUCUAAUGUCUGCUAAAUGGCAUAUAUACUAAUGUCCCCCUCCUUGUCCCAACAGGGUACGGCUUGUCUAAUGGCCCCCUCCUUGUCCCAACAGGGUAAGGCUUGUCUAACGGCCCCCUCCUUGUCCCAACAGGGUAAGGCUUGUCUAAUGCCCCCCUCCUUGUCCCAACAGGGUAAGGCUUGACUAACGGCCCCCUCCUUGUCCCAACAGGGUAAGGCUUGUCUAAUGUCCCCCUCCUUGUCCCAACAGGGUACGGCUUGUCUAAUGGCCCCCUCCUUGUCCCAACAGGGUAAGGCUUGUCUAACGGCCCCCUCCUUGUCCCAACAGGGUAAGGCUUGUCUAAUGGCCCCCCUCCUUGUCCCAACAGGGUAAGGCUUGUCUAACGGCCCCCUCCUUGUCCCAACAGGGUAAGGCUUGUCUAACGGCCCCCCUCCUUGUCCCAACAGGGUAAGCCUCCAACGUCCUGGCUUAUCUGUGAUUCUGAAGAAGAAAUGCCACUUGUCAGUGUACAGUAGCAGUUAGUCUGCCAUCAGUGAUAGUGGCUCAAUACAAAGAGACUUUCUCCCUCACUCACCUGUCCAUUUUUGUCCCCGUGGUCAGAGUAAAGGGCCGCACAGCGUCUCAGGACUCCCCCCCUCUCCCUCCUCCACCAUCAGACCUACCUAGGACUUAAGGUCCCCCCCCAAGGACAUUAAGGUCACACCCAACUUGCUAUUCCUCUGAGCACUCCCAUCUAGAAAAAAGUAAAGCAGAGUGUUGAACAGAACAGAACACACUACACCAAUACAAGAUAAAUAGCUGUGAAACUUUGGAGGGUCAUAAAAAUGCCAAAAUAUGCAAACUUUCCAUUUUGUUCUGUUUGACAUCAUUUUCUAAGAGGUGACUGUAGUGUGUUGUGUGAAACCUAUGUAAUGCCUGUAGUGUAGAAGAAGAAGAAGCACCAUGAUAGGAAUACAUAUUUACAUCAUUAUUAUAAGUUCAUGCAGUUAUGCAGCCAUUGCUCGAAUUGUCAAUUUUCCUCAUUCACAGAUUCAUGUUCAUAGAUUUUUUUUUUUU